GCAGUGAGGUGACCUUCCAGAUCAGUGUGCAGCAGACAGAAGACUACCCUGUAGACAUCUACUACCUGAUGGACCUCUCAGCCUCCAUGAUUGACGACCUGGAGAUGAUUAAAGACUUGGGCUCCACCCUGUCCAAGGAGAUGGCAAAGCUCACCAGUAAAUUCAGACUUGGAUUUGGGUCCUUCGUUGAGAAACCAGUCCUCCCGUUCAUUAAGAUCACUCCUGGAGAGCUGGAUAACCCUUGUAGGAGUGUGGAUGAGAGCUGUCUGCCAACGUUUGGAUACAAGCACGUCCUACCCCUCACCAGCAGCACAGAGAAGUUCAACAAUAUCAUCACCAACCAGCGUGUGUCUGCCAACAUCGACCUGCCGGAGUGUGGCUUCGAUGCCAUUAUGCAGGCUGCUGUCUGUGGGGACAAGAUAGGCUGGAGGAACGACUCCAUGCGCCUGCUGGUGUUUGUGAGCGACGCCGACUCUCACUUUGGGAUGGACAGCAAGAUGUCAGGCAUCGUCGUCCCUAACGACGGAGAGUGCCAUCUGGACAGCAACAAUGAAUACUCUAUGGCUGCCCAUCUGGAAUACCCAACUCUGGGACAGCUGAUGGAUAAACUGGUGGAGAACAAUAUCCUGCUUAUAUUCGCUGUGACGGAAAAUCAGAAACACAACUACGAGAACUAUGCAAAUUUCAUACCUGGUGCCACGGUGGGGGUUCUGGAAUCAGAUUCAAGGAACAUCCUGGAACUGAUUGUGACGGCGUAUAAAGAGCUGCGGUCUGAGAUAGAGCUGGAGGUACUAGGAGACACGGAGGAUCUACAGAUCUCCUUCACAGCGAUCUGUCAGGAUGGCACGGUACUACCUGGACAGAAACGAUGCUCCAACGUCAAAGCUGGAGACACGGUCUCCUUCAACGUGACUGUAGAACUCUCUGAGUGUCUCGACGUUCCCCAGCGUUUCCUCAUCAAACCGGUGGGCUUUCAGGACCCCCUGGAGAUAGACCUGGAGUCCCUGUGCUCCUGUGCCUGUCACCAGACCCCCGAGCCCAACAGCAGCCACUGCAGCCUGGGCCGGGGAUCUCUAGAGUGUGGCUCCUGCCUGUGUGAUCCAGGGUACAUGGGUUCCAAGUGUGAGUGUACGGAGGAGAGCGCCCAGAGCAGUAACUGCAAGGCCAGUGGCGCUGCGGAGUCCUGUAGCGGGCAAGGGGAGUGUUACUGCGGCCAGUGUGUGUGUCACCCGUCUAGUUUCGGACGCGUCUACGGGGCCUACUGCGAGUGUGACGACUUCUCGUGUGUGAGGUUCCGAGGUUUACUCUGUGGAGGUCACGGGGACUGUGACUGCGGCGAGUGUGUGUGUCAUAGCGGCUGGAUGGGGGAGUACUGUAACUGCAGCAGCAGCAGGGACACGUGUGUGUCGGAGGACGGAGUGCUGUGCAGCGGACGGGGGAAGUGUGUGUGCGGGAAGUGUGUGUGUUCCAUGCCCGGAGCCUCUGGAGACACCUGUGAAAGGUGCCCUACCUGUGGAGACUCCUGUAGCUCUGCUAGGACCUGUGUGGAGUGUCAUCUACAAGCAGAAGACGAGGCCACAGAGGAGUGCGUCCAGAGGUGCAGCGUGCCUCACGUCUUUGUCAACAAUUCCACAGAAUACGACGAGAGCCGGUCCACGCUGUGUACCCUAAAGAGUGAGAACAACUGCUUCAUCUCGUUCAGUGUGGUGGCUGGAGACAUAGGGAGCACUGUGUAUAAUCUAAAGACGUACGACUGUCCUGAGCCCCCCAACAUAGUUAUGAUAGUACUGGGGGUCUCUCUGUCCAUCCUCACCAUCGGCCUCAUCCUGCUGGGGGUGUGGAAGCUGCUGAUCUCAGUCCACGACCGCAAUGAGGUCGCCAAGUUUGAGGCCGAGAGGGCAAAGGCUAAAUGGCAGUCGGGUACAAACCCUCUGUUUAGAAGCUCGACAUCAACGUUUAAAAAUGUAACUUAUAAAAGCGCAGGGGGACCGAAAGUUGAUAUUCAUUCAAUGGAUGGCUACUGAUGAUGACAUCAGCUUUUAUAUGUAAAAUAUUUACCAGCAGUUGAGUGCACUGGAAGUCCGUUAGGGCAGUUGUGGAGAUGUUUAUGUUGUAUAGUAUCUAUGUGUGUUAUGUGUGUGUGUGUGUGUGUGUGUGUGCGUGCGUGUGUGUGUGCGUGAAUGUGCGCAUGUGUGUGCAUGUGUAUGCAAGUGUGUGUGUGUAUGUCUGUGGUGUAAGGACAAAUUGCAAUCACCACAAUGUGCAACAUUGUAUCACUCCAAAAGGUCUGGAUCUUCUUCAGGGAUGCUAUCUCAUAUCAGCAGACAGACAAUGGAAUGUCUAGCUAUGAAUCAUCUCUACAUGAAAUGACUUUGAUUUUGCUGCUCUUAAAGUUGUCUCUGGUACAAACGCUCUGCUGAACUGAACACUGGAUUUUCCCAUUUAGGUUGUUACAGAUGUAGGAUUUUAAUUUGAUCACCCUGUUGCAGGAAAUGUAAAACUUGUAGUGUAUUUGAGGUUUAAAAAGGUUUCUGAAGUUUGUAAUUUCCCGCUUUGAAAUGUUAGAUUUGUCCAUUAAUUGUAAUCCACAUAAUAAUUUACAUUUCUGGUUGCUGCAGGGUUAUUUUCUUGAUGUAGCAAACUGGCUCAAAUUAAGAACCUACAUCUUUACUUUUAUUCAUAGACUUUGGGUUGGGACAUAGGUAGCCUAAAACAGAAUAAGCUGAGUAGGUUUGAUACUACUGCAAUGAUGUUUCAUGUUUUUUGUGUUAUGAAUGUUUUGUUUUGGGUUUUGAGUCGAGGCUGAGCCUUGAAUUAUGUAAUCUUGAUUGGAAUAAUUUUGAGAAGAAUAAUUGAUUAACUUUAAUGUA